UUACAAAAUAAACGAACAGCACAUGGCAAGGGCGAUGCAGAUGUCACAUUUAAAUAAGCAUUUACUACACUCGUAAGGUUAAUCAGCUAAACUGAUUUAGAUCAAAGUACAUCACUAUGAGAAAUCUGUUUAGUGUAUCAUGCUGUAUUGUGUGCAGAAGAACAUUCAUUCCAAGUAGGAUCCAGCAAAGGCAGGCAACCAGUAGUGUGAAAACAAAUAAUUACAAGAAGAAGAAAAGGUUACCGUUUCCUAUUAAAGGAGAGAUUAUAUUUGGGAUACAUCCAAUAGAACUAGCACUGUCGGCAAGGAGAAGAAAGCUGUACACUUUGUUUGUAAAGAACACACCAGAUCAUGAGACAGGGAACCAGUCAUUUAUCAAUGUAUCACUCAGUGCUGAGGGUCUGGUGGAGAGGAAAGAAUUUGUAAACAAACAGAUGUUAGAUAAGUUGUCAGAAGACAAGCCUCAUCAGGGCAUAUGUUUAGAUGCCAGUCCCCUUAUAGUCCCAGAACUUGACUUCCAAAAGUAUGUUAACAAGAGGAAAGAAGAUAUGAAUAGCAGUUUUCCUGUUUGGUUACUCCCCUAUAGGGUAAAGGAUGUGCAUAAUCUAGGAGCAGUACUGAGGUCCUGUUAUUUCCUUGGUGUGGAACAUGUUGUCUUACCAACGGUACAUACAUGUUCUCUAACACCAAUGGUCAGUAAAGCUAGUUCUGGUGCAAUGGAAGUUAUGAACAUAUCACAAGUUCAAAAUGACGGAUCCAUAAUAAAAUUUAUAAAGGAAUGGAAAGAUUUUGGGGGAAGAGUUAUUGGAGCAAGUUUAGAUGAGGAAAACAUAAGCAUACCUAUAGAACAGUAUCAAAUCAGACAACCAACAUUACUGAUCAUAGGGAGUGAAGAAAAAGGAAUGAAGUUUAAAAUAUCUUCUUUGUGUGAUGAUCAUGUAUGUGUACAUCCUGCUCACAAUGUGCAUCCUCUUGUGGACUCUUUAAAUGUUUCCGUGGCUACAGGAAUAAUAUUGCAUCAUUUGACCAAGAAGAAUAAAUUAUGAUGCUGGAAAAUCUUUCUCAACCAAGCUGAUUCAGGAUUGAGUAGGUUUUUGCAUUAAAUUCAUGUUCAAUCUUCACUGGUAAACAUUACAGAAGAACUUUCAAAAUAUGUUGUGAUACAAUGGUUUGGUAUAACAGAUUUCACUAUGUAUACAGUCAAGUCGGUUAUUCUCUUUGAAAAAACAUCAAAAUUGCAGAAUGAGAUG